UUCGAGACCGGCUAACCUUGCGAAUUUGGCAAACAGAUUUUUCACCAACCGACGCUUUUGCGGAGUGCUUUUUGGAUGCUGUAAAAACACGCCCAACUACGACGUAACGAAGCACGUUAGCAGUAUGAACGACAAGGCAUUAGAUAUUACACAAGCGGCUUUCGAGGGGUUGGGCUUCGAAUUGUUCGACCCCAGCGGAAACCACGUUCACUCGGUCAAGGACCUGGUGGUGAAUGCUACCAUGCAACAGGAAAAUUUAUCCCUCGCACCAACUCCCGUGGCCUCGGAUGCAACUCUGGAAGAGGCCUUCGGAAUCCAAUCACUAGAAACAUACGAUAUAGGAGAAAUGCUCGUCGAUUUACUCGAAGUGAUCAAAACUAAGGUACAAGAGCUGGUGCCAUCAACGCCGGUGACGGGUGAGCUGGCGGCCAUUAAGCGAGAUGGGUUGAAGAGGGCUGAGCUCAUGGCAAGCAAAAUCGAUAGUAGUCGCCUGCGCGAGAUGAGCUUACUUAUCGAUGAAGAGCGUCGUGAACAAGAAAAAUGUGAUGCAAUGUUGAUCGACGGAGUGAAAACGACAGAUAUAGAGUAUUGGGAACAACGAUUUGCCUGCAGAAAAAAGAAAGAGCAGCUACUUAUGAAACUCCUUAACUUUAUUACCGAACAGCUAAUGCAGGACCCGAAAGUUGACAAGUUUAAGCUAAGGAUGGAUGUUGUAGGUAUCUCACAAGCGCUUGGAAAUUGCUUGCCCUCGGCAUUAUUUGGGCCGGACCCUGCCGUGCAUGAUGUAGGAGCAGCAUCUCUUAAAGCUACUGCUGUGUUUAAAGGACCACCGCCAACGACCUCGGCCGCGCGUUCUUUGUUGCGAAACAAUUUGUCUCAGCCAGGUCAUUCUAAAGGGGAGCCGGUGCUUUUGCCGAUAGAUUUGCCGAAAACGGUCCAUAAUCAUACUACAGCCAAUGUGGUACAGCCCAGCAUCACGAAACUCAAUCCUGUAACUGAUGACAUGAAGGUAGUGGGAUAUGCGCUGGAUGAUAGCUCUAAGCAGACAGUAUUCCAACCAAUCCAUCCGCGUCGCAUAUGCCCUACCCUGGCAUUCCCCUUCAUAACAAUUGUUAAACGGAGAGUCAAGGCAGUCGGACCAGACAAUCCCGGACCGGGACCGUCCCGGGUUGUGGUAAAAAAGCGCGACCCGAAGCAAAGUCUUUCUAGAGCGAUAAAUCCGACGCACGUUCCCCAGGUGAAAGAGGCAUGCUCGCCCAUGUUGGAACCAGAUGGUAAAAAUGGUGGGCUGCCGAGUAAAGUUGAUCGUCCGAACCUAAUUAAAGUGCGACCGAUAUCUGAACUUACUGAUCCGAGACUGAGCCGCAAUACACUAAAGCAAGUGUUGGCCUCUCCUGUCGCAGUUUCGGCAGCUAAACCAAAAGAUUCGACUGAAAAGUCUAUGGUAACGAUAAGCUACCCAGCAUCUAGCCAGAAUCAGAUCAAAAUACUCAAUCCUGUAACUGAUGACAUGAAGGCAGUGGGAUAUGCGCUGGAUGAUAGCUCUAAGCAGACAGUAUUCCAAUCAAUCCAACCGCGUCACGUAUACCCUACCAUGGCAUCCCCCCGCAUAAUAAUUGUUAAACGGGGAGUCAUGGCAGUCGGACCAGACAAUCCCAGACCGGGACCGUCCCGGGUUGUGGUAAAUAAGCGCGACCCGAAGCAAAGUCUUUCCAGAGCGAUAAAUCCGACGCACGUUCCCCAGGUGAAAGAGGCCGUCUCGCCCAUGUUGGAACCAGAUGGUAAAAAUGGUGGGCUGCCGAGUAAAGCUGAUCGUCCGAACAUAAUUAAAGUGCGACCGAUAUCUGAACUUACUGAUCCGAGACUGAGCCGCAAUACACUAAAGCAAGUGUUGGCCUCUCCUGUCGCAGUUUCGGCAGCUAAACCAAAAGAUUCGACUGAAAAGUCUAUGGUAACGAUAAGCUACCCAGCAUCUAGCCAGAAUCAGAUCAAAAUACUCAAUCCUGUAACUGAUGACAUGAAGGCAGUGGGAUAUGCGUUGGAUGAUAGCUCUAAGCAGACAGCAUUCCAACCAAUCCAUCCACGUCGCGCAUACCCUACCAUGGCAUCCCCCUUCAUAAAAAUUGUUAAACGGGGAGUCAUUGCAGUCAGACCAGACAAUCCCAGACCGGGACCGUCCCGGGUUGUGGUAAAUAAGCGCGACCCGAAGCAAAGUCUUUCUAGAGCGAUAAAUCCGACGCACGUUCCCCAGGUGAAAGAGGCCGUCUCGCCCAUGUUGGAACCAGAUGGUAAAAAUGGUGGGCUGCCGAGUAAAGUUGAUCGUCCGAACCUAAUUAAAGUGCGACGGAUAUCUGAACUUACUGAUCCGAGACUGAGCCGCAAUACCCGAAAGCAAGUGUUGGCCUCUCCUGUCGCCAAAGAGCUGUUUCCGGUGGCGGUGAAAUGUGAGCCGGACUUGGCAGCGAAUGAUUCAGUUAGCAUGCGCUCGCUGAAAAACGGACAAAACUCAGAGGUUAUCGUAAUGUCAGACGAUGAGGAUUAAAUCGACCAAACUAGGUUCCUUAUAGACUGCUCACAGCAGAUAAGAUAAUAUGUGGCAUUACCAGGACUAUAAUCAACAAUGGAAUUUCUGUGGCUGUACGUAAGCAGUCGAUGUUAUCGGUAGACGGAUCGAUAAGAAAUGCUCUAAGAGCUGAAUUUACUUCUUUCUUUUUUGUUUUCAAAAUAUUACAAAAUGCAACGUUUAACUUAUUCUCAACAAAAAAAAAACGCCUGAUGAUAAGGCAUAGAAUUAUUACUGAAUUGAAAUGGAAAAGUUUGUUUGAAGAAAAAAAACUCCGA